UGGCUACCCGAGCGGAGUAGCAGCGAGGAAGAAGGGUUUCUUUUUGGCGGCCGUUUUUCCCGUGCCCGACCGCCGCCGCCGCCCACGCGAACGCGCGACCGCCGACCGUAGCAGCUCUUCCCCACACCAGCCACUGUUUUUUUGCUCUCCGUGCAGUCGUCUGAUGGCCAAGCGGCUCGCUGGCGCCGAGAAAGAGGUGCUCGUUGAGAUCGUGAGGUUCACUCAGAGGAACGGAUUGAAAGGCUCCGAUGGGGGAUGGAAGGAUUUCUUGGCUCGGAACGAUAAGAAGUUUGGCGCCUCAGUCAGCGACCCCAGGAAGCGAUCCAGGGACGUGCUGCUCGCCUUCCUUCUAACCUUCGCCAAAGAUUUUCAAAAGUACUUCAGCAAAUUGGUGAAGCGUCAGAAGGAAAGAGGUGCUAUUCAGCAGCAUAUGAAGGAUUUUCCUGACGAGGUUUCUCCCGAGCAGAAACUUGUUCAACUGACGGCAGAGCAUCCAGAGUACAGGAAAAGCUAUAUCUUACCAUCUUACGAAGAGGGAUGGAAAGUAUUGCGGGUAGGAGAAGUCUCUAAUAUAAUGAGCUCGAGAGCUAUGUUGGGAAUUGACUGUGAGAUGGUCCUUUGCAAUGAUGGCACGGAGGCUGUGGUCCGAGUAUGUGUUGUAGACAACAAUCUGGAGGUGAAGUUGGACACACUUGUAAAUCCAUUUAAAGCUAUUGCUGACUAUAGGACACACAUCACUGGUGUAUCUAAGAAGGAUUUAGAAGGAGCCACAUCAUCAUUAGUUGAUGUUCAGAAAUCAUUGAAGAGAUUCUUGUCCAAAGGAAAGAUUUUGAUUGGCCAUAGCUUACAUAGAGAUUUAUGUGCUCUAAAGAUCGAUUACUCUCAAGUUAUUGAUACAGCAUACAUCUUUAAGUAUGCGAAUUUACCUGCAACCACAUCAGCUUCCUUAAACAGCUUGUGCAAGUCUGUUUUGGGGUAUUCUAUUCGAGAAGAAGGAGAACCACAUAAUUGCUUAAAGGAUGCAAAAGCUGCGAUGGAUCUAGUUCUCGCAAAGCUUAAGCAUGGAUUUAAUGAUCCCAUUGAAGUUGCUGCGAGUAGUGUGCCUGAAUCUGAUGUGUUGAAGUUGUUUGCUCAUAGAAUUCCAGUGUACCUGCCUUGCCAAGAGCUGCGCAAAAUUUUCCCUGGGAACCCCAGUAUUGAUGACAAGAUUGAUACGAGAAUUCGAGGUGAAUUUUAUUCUACAUGUAUUUUAUUCAAUGGCGUAGAUGAGGUAGAGAAGGCAUUUGAAGAACUGGAUGGCCAAGAGACUAAGGACUCCGGUGGGAGACUUCAAAAACAUGUACUGCUGAAGCGCGACAAUGGAGAUGUUGUGAGCUUCUAUGUUCGAAAGAUGGUAUAUGGUUCCCAGCUCAACCAGUUUGAAUUUUCAAAGAAGAGACCACAUCCCACUGAGGAUGCGGAUCCAAAGAAAGAACAUGUUGACGGGGAUCAGCAAAAAAAGAAAAGAAAUAGUAAGAAGCAUGUGAACAAGGCAAACAUAUCGGUGCUUGAAUGAAGAACUUCGUGAGCAGCGCUGAGAUCUUCUGGUUACAAAUGGAUGCUGAGAGAUCGUCGAUGACUGAACUGCUUGGUGAAACCAAUUUUGGAGGUGGUUAGAGUCAUGGUCCUCAUAUACGACGACAGCGAGUGUCGGUUAAUCUGAUCUCACCAUCCUUAGUUUGUGCUAGAAUGCUAAUCAUCAGCUGUACUGGUUUCUUAGGCCUCAUUUUGUUCUAAAAUUACACUGACGGAGUUGAGCAUAUUGGUUCGGUGGGUAGGAUAUUGUUAGCGAAUUUUGUUUGAGCGGAUU